GAGGCCCCGCCCAGGAACCGGAAGUCGCUGGGGGAGAGAUAGAGAGCUGGUUCGACUUGAUUUACCUUCCCCCGCGAAGACGGCCGACGGUGCGACAUCGAAGAAGGAAGCGGGAUGAGCCGCGGGAGCCGUUUCCAACGGUGUUGAUUCCCUAAGAAGAAGAAAAAGGAGAGGGAGAAAGCAAGUAAUUUGCCACAGAGGGCAGAAAGCAAUUUUCCAGACAAUAUCAAGGCAAGAAAUCACAGUAUGGAAAUUCCAGCAAGCAAAGGUUGCCCUUCUCAGAGCAACAGAGAUUCUGAUAGAUCUUUCCGAACAUCUCCUGGUGAUGACCUGAAGUUUGCAGCCUCAGAUAUGUGCAACUUUGGGACAGUUGGCAGUUCCCCUAGAGGUCACACGUAUUGGGGAGAACAAAUGUCAGGAGUCCCAAAUUCACACAACUAUUCCCUGAGCAGGAAAGGAACAUUUCAAUCGCCUUCUCAUAGGGAGGAGGAAACUGGGCGUCCAGGCCAAAAUUCUUCUGUGGGCAAACACAGGUCCAAAGUGGGGCCCCCCGUCUCCUGCUGCUGGGGUGAAUUAAAGAUGGAAAACCCAGCCACAAAUAAUGGGAGCAAGGCUACCCAAGAUUUGAACCAAGGCGCUGAAAAACUGGGGGACCUGGAUGCUGAAAAUGACACCCCCGACAGGGAGGAGACCUCCAAUGACAGACAGUCACAUUACAAUAAUGGAAAUUUUAAGUCCUCUGGUUCAAACGUGGUCAUUGAUGGUCCCAUGGAAGAGGAGGACUCCGAUGUGCUUGCCAUGUUCCACGCUGUGGCCAACAGCCGCUUGGCAGUCCAGAGCCAACAGAAGGAUGAGCCAGAUUUUACACCAGCUCAGAAAUUGGAGAUUUUACGGAAUUUAUACCACACCAAGCCUCUGAUCUUCCUGGAGCGCUUCCGAACAGUCCUGCGGGAAGAACACUUGCCCUGUUUCCGCCAUCUCUCUGGCAAUUAUGAGGCAGAUUUUUACUGCGCUGAAGUCCGCAAAGCAAACCUGGGCAAAACCCUGCAUACUAGGGUGAGGAACAAACGCUAUGCAGCUCUGCAACAACUCAUCAGAGGUGGGGAAUAUUUCAGCGAUGAGCAAAUGAGGGGCCGGGACCCCCUCCUGUAUGAGCAGUACAUCGGACAGUAUCUGAGCGACGAGGAGCUGCAGGAGCUGGGCCACUGUAACCUGGAAGCUUCCUGCUCCCUCUCGGGCAUCCUCCUAGAUUCCUACCAGGAGAAGGUCAUCCAGCAGCGGCUUCUGAUCCAGCAGGAGCAGGAAGAGGCCUGCCAAGAGGAGGAAGAGGAAGACAGUGACCAGGAGAGCAAAGACCAGGAUAUUGACCCUGAUGCAGACGAAUGGGUCCCUGAUGUGGAAGAGAAAGCUUUUCUGCGGGAAGAGUUCACGAGCCGUAUGUACCAGCGCUUCCUGGAGGGCAAGGAUCUGGAUUUUGACUACAGCGAAGUCGACGAGAACCCAGAGUUCGAUAACCUCGACAUUGUCUCGAGAGACGAGGAAGAGCGUUAUUUCGACGGGGAGGAGCCCGAAGCCGCCGACGGUAUGGAAACGGAGGAGACGGGAACGAAGACCUUAGCUCCCGGGAUGUAGGGGAAGGCCCCAGGCCACCCCCCACUGUUGAUGACAGAGCAGGGAAGCGUGCAUUGGUACAUAUGGUACGUUGGUACACGAUUCACCUUCCUUGAAUCGGGUGUGGGGGGGGGAAAUCCGCUUUUCACCUUCCCAGCGACGGAGCGUUGAAAUCGGAACCGGUUGCCAGAGGGAACGUUGGAAGACCCCCCCACACGCAGGUUUCGUAGCCGGUGUGGGCAUUACCACCUUGCUUCCUGAAUUCUUCUGAGUCCCCAGUAGGAAAAAGAUGGCGGAGAACGGGGAGAUCAGAGAAUGCCGUUGUGUGUUUGACGUGCCCCAGUAAAAUCUCAUCCUUUGAUUUGGGCGCAUUCGUUGUGAAGACACCAGCAUGUUCCUUUCUUGUGUCUGGCUUUUCCCUCUUGAUUCGUAAAUCGGUAUUUCUCAACCUUGGCCGCUUUAAGAGGGGGUGGGCUUCCAACUCCCAGAAUUCCCCCAGCCAGCCAUGCUGGCUGAAGAAUUCUGGCGGUUGAAGUCCACCGCCUCUUAAAGCGGCCAAGGUUGACCAACACUAUUUUAACUAAUCAGUCUCCAUUGGAGACAGAGCUGUGGCUCUCGCCCCAAAUCAAACAUCCCGCCGUCCCCCCCCCCUCCUGCCAGUGUUCUGCUGUUCAAUGGCAAAUUGGGUGCAAUUUCCCAGCAUUCGGAGGUAAACAAUAAAACCGUUAAAUAAG